AUGAGAGACGAAAACAGGCCUUUACUCUCCAGCAGCACUAUUAGGAGGGCACAUAGCUAUGACUCUCCGCCUUCUGACAAUGCUGUGGGCAGUGGUUCAAAGUCUGAGCUGAUCCCACCAAGAGAAAUUCAAAGUCCUCUUCCCGCCCGAUUUAAUAUUGACUCUGUCGAGCGGCAGAAGGAGGAUAUUGCUGGUAGUUUGAACUUCAAUGCUACUCAGCAACAGCCGCUUACAUUUUGGCAUCGUCUGGCUUACUACUUACCGUGCUUCUCUUGGUUACCAUCAUACACGUUUUCCCAGCUGCUACGUGAUCUGGUUGCAGGCGCGUCUUUGGCGUCCUUCCAAAUACCACUGGCAAUGUCAUAUUCUACAUCAGUUGCUCAUGUGCCCCCUAUUUGCGGUUUGAACGCCUUAGCGGCUGCCCCGUUUGUUUAUGCGGUAUUCGGUUCCGUGCCACAAAUGAUUGUUGGUCCGGAAAGUGCUAUAUCAUUAGUUGUUGGUCAGGCCAUCGAGAAAAUAUCCAAGCAUGAACCCGUCAUUGGUGUCAUAAACUUAUGUGUAAUCCUUACCUUCACCAGCGGUGCUAUCUUGUUUCUGUUCGGGCUCCUUCGAUUUGGCUUUUUAGACAGUGUACUAAGUCGAGCUCUCUUACGGGGUUUCAUUAGCGCUGUAGGACUUGUGAUGGUUCUCAAUUCUUUACUCGCGGAGCUGAAGCUAAAAAAAGUAUUUGAGGAAGCACCAGGGCAUUACCACGCCCCAGUGGAUAAAAUUCAAUUUUUAUUGAAAUAUGCACCAGCAAAUUAUCAUCUGCCAACUGCUAUAUUAAGCGCUAUUAGCUUGGGCAUUCUCUUGAUUAUGAAGCACAUGAAGCGAAGGCUGUCUAAGAGGUUCAAAAAUGUAAUAUUUGUUCCUGAUAUUCUAAUUGUUGUCACUGUGGUCACACUGUGUUCUUACUACACCGAUUUCAAACACAAAUACGCAAUCGAAAUUGUUGGUGACAUAGGAUCAGACAACUCAAGUAAAGUUUGGAAUCCUUUGACCAAAAAAAAUUUACCGUAUUACAAUGAUCUGUUUCACGCGAGCUUUAUGGCUGCCUUGCUGGGCUUUUUUGAAUCCACGACAGCUUCCAAAUCUUUGGGCUCAAAUAAUGGUUUAGCAAUAUCUUCUAAUCGUGAACUGGUUGCCUUGGGAAGUUUGAAUCUUGUAGGAUCUUUUUUUGGUGCCCUUCCAGCAUUCGGGGGUUAUGGUAGGUCGAAAAUUAAUGCCUACAGUGGCGCAGCUACAGCAAUGUCAGGCGUAUUCAUGGGUGUUAUUACUAUAAUUACGUCUAAAUUUCUCCUGAGCACCAUACACUACAUUCCUGUUUGCCUGCUGUCGGUUAUAACCACUAUAGUCGGAAUCUCUCUUUUUGAAGAAGCCCCUGCGGACAUCAAAUUUCAUAUUAGGUGCAGGGGUUACAACGAGCUCAUCACUUUCGCUAUAACAGUAUUAACGACAUUUCUGUAUUCAGUUGAGGCUGGAAUUACAGUAGGGUGCGGUUACUCAAUAAUUAGAGCGGUGAAAAACUCAACCCUCUCGCGCAUCCAGAUUUUGGCGAGGGUGUGUGGAACAAAUCGGUAUGUGAAUGCUGAUGAGUUUGAUAACAGUAGCAUUCAGGGAGCACAGAGCGUGCCUUUAUUAGAGCACGUCGAAGGGUGCUUCAUAGUGAAGGUUCCUGAGCCAUUGACUUUCACCAACGCUGAAGAUCUCAAAUCAAGGUUACAUCGUCUGGAGACAUACGGAUCCGUUAAUACCCACCCAGCCAGCCCUCGCACUCGAGAUAGAGAUCUCACUAGGCAUAUGAUUUUUGAUUUAAAUGGCAUGACUCGAAUUGACUCGUCAGCGGCACAAAUCUUGUGUGAGAUUGUUACUGACCUGCGAAAGAGAAGGGUACGAGUCUACUUGACGCGCGUUCCUCUUAAUACCAGCGUGCGCAAUAGGUUGCAGACAUCUGGAAUCAUCGAUAAGAUUGAGAAAACUGGCCUGUCUGGUAUGGUGACGUUGGGUAGCGUAGCAGAAUCUUCAUGGUGCUUCAAAAGUGUCCAAGAUGCUCUCCGAGCGUCAGAUGAGGCCGAGCAAGAUUCACUUUCAGGCGAUCUCAGUGAGUGCACAUCUUUAAGCGGCACAUUUGUACACUCUUCUGCUGUCUAA